AUGGAUCAACUAGCAGAGGGCGAUGAUGUUGUAAUCCCUGCUGCCAAGCGACAGAAGACGACCCAUCUUCACUUGAGAGGUCCCAGAGAUGAAUCGCGAGACAACCCACCGAGACUAUCAGCCAGUGACUACACCGUUGCUUGGAUUUGCGCUCUACAUAUAGAACUGGCCGCAGGGCGGAUGAUGCUAGAUGAGGAACAUGAACCCAUACCUCAUCCCCCCAACGACAGUAAUACGUACGUGCUUGGACGCAUCUGGCAGCACAAUGUCGUCAUUGCGUGCCUGCCGGCGCAUCAAUAUGGGACAAACAACUCGGCAAGUGUCAUCUCAAAUAUAAAUCGGACAUUCCCUUCCAUUCGCUCGUGCUUGCUUGUGGGAAUCGGUGGAGGCGUCCCGAGUAGAGCUGAUGUACGUUUGGGCGACGUUGUUGUAGGGACGAGAGUGAUGCAGUAUGAUUUCGGAAAGGUGAUCAGCGAUGGCUCGCUACAGAAGACAGCAAUCCCUAGGAUGCCACCUUCGUCACUUGGGACAGUAGUGUCUGCCCUCCGGUCGAAGCAUGAGCUUGGACAUGGCCAAGUAGCCUCGAUUUUGCAGGAAAGAUUGGCCAUGCAUGCUGAUUAUAGACGGCCAAUCUCACCAGACCGCCUCUUUUACGCGACGUACAUUCACGAACUUGCUAUGAUCGACUGCGACAACUGUGACCACUCCAAACUUGUAACACGUCGGCAGCGUACAACUGAAGAUGCGGUAAUUCAUUAUGGAGGGAUCGCAUCAGGGAACCAAGUCAUGAAGUCCGCCAUCACUCGUGAUAGAAUUUCUCGGGAGUUGGAUGUCAUAUGUUUCGAAAUGGAGGCUGCUGGAAUCAUGGAUGUGCUGCCUUGUCUCACAAUCAGGGGCAUUUGCGAUUACUCGGACUCUCAUAAGAGCAAAGAAUGGCAGAGAUAUGCUGCCGCCGCCGCGGCAGCAUACGGAAGGGAAUUCCUCGAGAUCCUCCCGGUAACGGAUAUUGAUACAAGUCGUGCCAAUGUGCCUAUUAUCCCCCAGAGGACGUCCCAAGAGCGUCGCCGACGUUUGCUAGAAGCGCUUAAGUUUGAUCAGAUGGAUUCUCGAAGGCUAAAUAUCCACAAAAAUCACCUCGAAACAUGUCAAUGGUUUCUCGACCACCCCAGUUACAAAUCCUGGCUUGACCAAGAACAGCUUGUAGGCCACCAUGGCUUUCUAUGGAUUCGCGGCAAACCAGGAGCUGGCAAGUCAACAAUGAUGAAGUUUGCAUAUUUGAAUACGAAACAAAACACUGGAUUCGGGGGGAAGACAUUGACGGCGUCGUUUUUCUUCAAUGCUCGAGGCGAAGGUCUCGCAAAAUCUGUCACUGGGAUGUAUCGGUCGUUGCUGUACCAACUGCUCGUGGGAUUCACUGACUUGCAGUCGGUGUUGGAAGAUCCAGAGCUGCCAGCGCCUAGCCAACAUGGCUACCCAUUGAGCGUUUUGAAAGAGCUUUUCCACAAUGCAGUUUCUGGGCUCGGCCAACGCUCUUUUACCUGCUUCGUCGACGCUCUGGAUGAGAGUGACGAGCAACAGAUCAUAGACAUGGUUCAGUACUUUGAAGAUCUGGCACAACAUGCGACUGAGCAACAUAUUCAACUACGAGUCUGCUUUUCGAGCCGCCAUUAUCCUUACAUCGACGUCGACUUGGGGCUACGUCUGACAUUGGAGGAGCAGCCAGGUCAUAUGGAAGAUAUGGCGAAUUAUGUCAAAAGUCGUCUACGAGUAAAAGACUCUGAGCUAUUUGAGGAGUUAGAACCGCAAAUUCUUGAAAAGUCCGCCGGCGUAUUUCUAUGGGUUGUCCUAGUUGUGGACAUUCUUAACAAAGAGAUUCGAGGCGGCCGGCCGACUCUCAAAAAGAGCUUCGCGGAAAUACCCAGCGACUUGAGCGAGCUAUUCAAAAGUAUACUAAAGCGUGACAGUGAAAACAUGGAGGAUAUGCAGCUCUCUCUAUUAUGGCUCCUUCUUGCCCAACGGCCGUUGGAGCCUAAAGAGUAUUAUCACGCUCUUUGGUCUGGUUUAGCCUUGAAGGGCCUGGCCGAUGCCGGAGUUCCCGACGUCGUUUCCCUACACGCAAAUGAACGCAUUGACAGAUACGUCACCAGUUCCUCCAAAGGUCUCGCCGAGGUCACAAAAUCAACGCCCCCAAUUGUGCAGUUUAUUCACGAGUCUGUCCGAGAUUUCCUCAUUAAAGAUAAUGGCCUUCAAGAACUGUGGCCCCAUCUAGGCUACCACUGGCAGAGUCUGGGCCACGAGAGACUCAAACUGUGUUGCAACUACUACCUGGAACAGGACAUUAAAUUUCCAUCUACCAGAAGACGCGGGGGCAAAGGAUUGAUGAAAAAUUUUGCAUUUCUGCAGUAUGCAACUCUGGAGAUUUGGCACCAUGCGGAAGCGGCCGCCGAUACGGUUCCUCAAGAUAAAUUUCUGUCUUGCUUCUCCGUCACCAAAUGGAUAAAGCUAUUCAACUGGUUUCAAUACUUCAAUGUCCGAAAGUAUAGCCCAAAUGCAAACCUGUUCUACAUCCUUGCGGAACGGGGGUUGCCAAAGCUUAUCCACACAAGAAUGAAAGAGGACCCGAGUGUUCAUGUCGCUGGGGAGCGAUAUAAGUACCCAAUCUUUGCCGCGCUGGCCAACAGUAACGGAGAGGCCGCUGCUGCUCUUCUAAACGCACCGUCAAGGUUCAGCGGCGGAGAAGAUAUCACAGAAGGAUUGAAACAUAGGAAAGAUCUUGACGGCUAUGAACAGCGGACACCACUGACGUGGGCUGUGCUGAAAGAUAGAACGAGUCUUGUCAAGUUACUUCUGCGAGCCGGGGUGGCCGUCGAUGAGAAGGAUGAGAUGCAGGAAACAGCACUUCAACUGGCCUCGAUCAGUGGAAAUGAGGCUGUCCUCAUGCUUCUAAUCGAAGCAGGGGCGGACGUUAACAUGCCCGACAGUAAGAAAACAACAUCACUUAUACACGCCAUAGUGGAGCGUAAUGCGACAGGAGCGAGGCUCCUUAUCGAAAACGGCGCAAGAGUUAAUGAAAGCGACGACAUCGGAACAGUGCCUCUCUUCAGUGCAAUAGAAAGCGGGCAGACGACCAUAGUCAGCUGCCUCAUCAAACAUGGCGCAGAUAUUCAUACUACCCACGUUUAUGGAAAGACACCGCUCACAUGUGCUAUACGCCACAACCACAUUGAUAUAGUCGAGCUUCUUAUCAACGCAGGCGAAAGUGUUAAUCGUGCCGACGGCGCGGAACGAAAACCACUCAUCUGCGCAUUAGACCACGCCGAUGAGGCCAUGGCCAGGUUUCUAAUCACAAGCGGCGCAGAUGUAAACGUCAAAGAUUCUCGCGGAUCGUCAGCACUGCUUCGGGCUGUUCAGCGCGGCUAUUACUCAUUAGCUAUGUUUCUUGUCGAGCGAGGCGCGGAUGUGAAUUCCGAUGAUGAUGUGGGAUACACGCCGCUAAAAUGGGCGGUGAUUCGGGGCAGCGAGGAAAUUACCUCUCGUCUUAUCAACAGUGGCGCAGAUGUAAAUCACCGAACGAGUAGGGGUGAAUAUACAGCAUUGCAAAGGGCCGUGGAGCGUGGCGACGAGGCAAUCACAAGGCUGCUACUCGAAAAUGGCGCCGAUACGAAUAUCAGGACGAAUACUCAGACGUUUCCGCUGCACCGGGCGUUGUUGCUCGGCCAUCUAGGUGUAGCCAAUCUUCUCAUUGACCAUGGCGCGGAUGUGAAUGCCAGAGAUGGUAAUGGGAAUUCUCCCUUGGACUGGGCGUUGUUGUCAAAGGAUCGGUCAAUUGCUGAGCGAAUGGUGGAGAAGGGUGCAGGGAGUAAGUUUCCCCAAGCACUCGGCUAA